CAUACAUAGAUUGUUAAAAAUGAGAAAGUUGUGCAUAAAGACUAAUUAUCCAUUUAAUAAAGAACACAUUCAGCCGCUUGUAAAAGUACUUCGGACCACAUACUUGAGACUGCUGGUUGAGACCAAAGAUAUUCAGCCAUGGGUUGCACACAAUCCACAUUUAUUUUUUUAAGCAAUUACAGUGAAAUUACAUUAUUGGAUGUUCAUGCAGAAAAGAGGCCAUAACAUAACUGCAGACACUAAUAUGUACUUGGGGCUAUAUGUUGUGUAAAUUAUUUUUUUACUGGCAUAAUGUUUAAUGUACUCAUCAUUUUCAUUACAUUAAUUAUCACCAUCUUCAUUCAGUCCUUUUCUGGAUGAUUACCAUAAGCCAUCUCAUGUAUAGAUCAGCAGUAAUAAUGAACAAACUACUGUCCACUUAAUAUCUGGAACAGCCCACCCGUAUUGAGGAGCCCAGGCCAAGAUUCACCAGGUACAGUAAACAUGGGCAAGAAUACAACAAUUAUCCCACGCAAUGCAACAGAUAAAGCAUUGUUUCUUUUUAUGGUAGUAGGUAUACCAUUUGGAGUCUUCUGGCUGGGAUUUGUUAUACUGCCGCAUUACCACAGUGAGUUGAACUCCAUUGUAGUGAUGCACAUUAUUGCAGUGGUAUUUGUUACCUACAACAUAUUCCACAAUCUUCUCCUUGUAAUAAGGACAGAUGCUAGUGGAAGAACUUCCUUUCUGCCUUCUGUGCUCAAACCAGGUUGGAGGUACUGUGCAAUUUGUCAAGUGAAUUACCCUCCGAGGUCAUAUCACUGCCACAUAUGUGAUGAAUGCAUACUAAAGAGGGAUCACCACUGCAAGUUUACAGGUUGUUGUGUUGGCUACCAUAACCACCGUUACUUUUUGAUGGGAAUCUUUUAUAUAUUUAUUGGAGCUUUGUAUGGAAUUUACUACCAGUGGGAGUAUGUGUAUGAAACGAUAAAUCUCCCAGUCAUAUAUUUUUUCCUAUGUUUACUUGCUCCGCAUUUUGCUCUUCUUUUUGGAGCUAUAAAUUUGUGGGGUGUCCUUGUAGCUACUUUGCACACACUUGGUCUAGCCACUCUCCUAAUGGUGUCAUACUUGUUACUUAUACAGGCUAAGGCCAUAUGUCAGGGGCAGACACAGUAUGAAAUGAAGCACAACAUACAUGACUACAAUCUGAGUUUGCGCCAAAAUAUUGUUGAUGUGUUGGGCAGGAGAUGGAAAGUUGCAUGGAUAUCCCCCUUUAUAAUGUCACCUCUAACUGGGGAUGGUUUGAAAUUCCUCAGGGCAACUGAGUAUGAGCCACCAAAGGAUAUAUAACCCUUGCAUUUAGCAGUCCAAUACUACAAAGAAAACUAUGCUAAUGAGAAGUAUAGAAUAAGCAUUAAUAAGAUGUUUCUGCGGUCAGUUUCUUAAAGCAGUUGAAAUGUGUGAUAGACAAUUGAUUUUAUUGUUGAAAUUAAGUUGUCUAUGAAGCCUAUAUAGUGCCAAGCAUGUGUACAAAUAGCAUUUAAUAUGUAGAGAAGCAAUUGUAGUUUUGUAGUGCAGAGUAUGCAUUAAUUUCUAAAUGGAUAAAUAGUGUAUGUUUUGUGAUAUUAACAAACUAUUAUUAGAUAAUGAAUCUUUAUGGCUCAAAUGCAUAUAAAAUACUGUUGCUCAGGCAAGUAUAUAUUGCUUGCAUUUAUGUAAUAUAGUGUUAAAGUAUGUAACCAUUUUUUAGGAAAGUGUGAAAUCUUGCAAAAUAAAGAACUAGGUAAACACUGUAGAUUAACAUGGGUAAGCAGUCCAUGUCAUUACUAGACUUGUUAUGAAGCUUUCUUUUGAACCUACCUGUGAAAAUAUAUGCCUCUUCCAUUGGGUGCUACAAUGUGCAUUAUUAUGUGAAUUGGUUUCCUUUGGUUGGAGAUUUUCAAAGAAUAUGGGCUGUGAAUAGAGUUAGUGGUUAAAAAGAUAGGAACACAUAUUUGGUUAGUACAUGGAUAGAUUUAUGUAUAGAUAUACAAAUAGCAAUGCCAGUGAGUUUUUACUUAUUUAUAUAUUGAGGGUAGACAGAAGUUAGUUUGCAUUAUUGAAGCCUCCGACUUAAACCAGUGGUAUAGAGCACAUGCACUGUCUACUUGACUUUUGUUUUGUCAGUUUUGUUUAUAUAUAGGUGGUUGCACAAACACUUUGCCACCAAGGAGUCAGUUACUAAGCCUUACCUGUAUAUCCCAAUUCUUUAACCUUUGGGAUUAUUAUUUUUUUCUAAUUUAUAAAACUAUUAUUAUUGUUAUCAGUGUUGUGAAUAUUAACAUUAUUAUCAUGAUCAUACCAAGAAUACUAACUGUAAUAAAAGGGAUUAAAAAAAAAGAUCAAGAAAUAUAGGACUAUUGAGAUCAGGUAGGUCUAAUAAUAGAUUCCUUGUCGACGAAACACUCAUGGAGCCAUCUUUGUGUAACUAUAGUGUAUAAAAUAGCCUUAUAGUGGACAUGGCAUCCUUAUAUCAUUAGGUUAUUCUGUGUAAAGCUCUUGCAUUAUGUAUAAUCCAGAAAGAGUUUGUUUUUAUGCACUGUCAUAGGUUUGGUCAAUAUACUUUCUUUAGGUUGCAUAUGCCUUAUACAACAGAUCAUUGUUAAAAGAUACACUGUAUAGGUGUUACUUCUUCUGGCAUCAUAAUCUUAGCAUUAAGCAUUCCUUGAAACAAAUACUGAAUAUUCUUCCCUCCUUGAAGGGAAAAUUUAUUAUCAGCUGUAAAUAUCCAAUGAUAGACAGUAAUCAUUAUAUAUAUCUUUACUUC